AUCACCGAGUCUGGAAGUUUGAAGGCAUGGUAAGUCAUUGCAGCCGAGACCCGCAGCUAUGGCGACGACGUCCCUGCUCUCUCCUCCUUUCACUCUGCCCUCCCGCUUUCUGCCCUCUCCGCCGUCACUCUCUUCCUCUCUCCACAAUCACCGGACGCGCCCAUUCUCUAGCAAUCCGCUUCUCUUGGGAUUGAUUUCUCACCCUUGCAAAUGCGCCACUGGACGACGGGAAUGGCGCCCGGCAAGUUCAGCGCAGGGCUCUGCGGACUUCUCAGUGGAAGAAUACGAAGAUGAAGAAGUUGGUGAGGGCGUUGUUCCUGCACCGCCUCCGACGCCUGGAAGGAUAGACAUCGUGGUGACAAAGGAGCAGAUCCGAGAGCUUGAUCUCUCCCCUGCCCAUGCGGUCUUCAGGAAAUACGUGCACCAAAUAGGUGACAACGCAACUGACCCGGGAGUGGAUCUACAAGAGGUCUUUGAGCGAACAGUGGGUUUUGUGCUGCAAUACGAGGUUGAUGACCCCCUGGAUCCCCGAGAGCUUUCUGAGCUGCCUGAUAUCAGGCUGUGGUUUGUGCGUUUGGAUGCUGCGUACCCCUGGCUCCCAAUUGUGGUGGAUUGGCGGGCAGGGGAGCUGUCUCGCUACGCGGCAAUGCUUGUCCCUCAUCAGAUGAGCAAACGACUUGGGCUCGUGUACAACCCCGAGGCACUAGAAUUAUGGGCCAUGAACAAACUGUUUUUGAUUCAUGAGUUCCUAAAGGCUCGUAAUGUAACAAAACCUGAUGUGAAGCUAAAUAACAUGUUGCGCAUGCUUGGCUUUAGUAUCAGCAACCAGCUCUACGACCUCAUUGAGAAGUAUCCGCAUCCAUAAGUGGCCACCUGAGGGGGUUGAUCGAUAGAAAAAUGUAAUUGAAAGUGCUACAUUUAUUAUUGCUCUUCCUUGGCAAUACUCUCCUGUAGGUGGAUUUUUUCAAAGCGUAAGAAAACCUCUACGGCAACUGUGAUCCUCUUGUACAUUCACGGCACCUAAGGCUUUUUCUAGUGUGGCUUAGGACUCUUCAUGUAGCAUGGAGAGGGUAUUCUCCUGAAAUGGUCGAUGCAUAUCCUCUUCAAUUAUUGAAAUGUGUUCAACUCUAGAAUUGUGCGCGGAA